UUGGGAAUCAGGAGGGAGGCAGGAAUGUCAGGGAAGUGGUGGGGAAGGAAAGAGGGAUUGGGAUGGAGGGUGGGUGGGAGGAGAAGCACGAUGGCAAUGGAGGGAAGAGUGAAACGAAUCAGUACUUGAGUGCUAAGCUCCGAGGAGCUGGGAAAGUAUCUGCUAGGGUGUGUGGGUGCUGUGGAUGUGGGGGAAGGUGUGUUCACUGGGGCUACAGUAGGAUUUGGGGCAGGUCCAGGAGGUGGAGGGUGCCUGGCUGGUACGUAUCAGUUUACACAGCUGUUUGCGAGCAUACACUCCAAACCUGGUAGGUGAGAGCCCUGAGUAUCUGAGCAAGGCAGCAUGGCAAUGUUCCUGGGGGCCAAGAACGCCCACUCAGUUCUCAAACGCUUCCCCCGGGCCAACAGCUUCCUGGAGGAGUUCCGCCAGGGCACCAUCGAGCGGGAGUGCAUCGAGGAGAUCUGCAGCUAUGAGGAGGUCAAGGAGGUGUUCGAGAACAAGGAGAAAACGAUGGAGUUCUGGAAAGGAUACACCAACUCCAUAUACUCCGUCAAGGACCCCGGGCAGGGCACGGAGCGCUCAGAUGCCAUGUAUGUAGUGGUGCCUCUCCUGGGAGUGGCUCUGCUUAUAGUCAUUGCCCUGUUCAUCAUCUGGAGGUGUCAGCUGCAGAAGGCCACGCGCCACCGUCCCUCGUACGCCCAGAACCGCUACUUGGCCAGCCGAGCAGGCCGCAGCCUCCCCAGGGUCAUGGUGUACCGAGAGACCUCUCACAGCCAGGGGGAAGGCCAGUCCCAGCGCGAGUCAGGCAGCAGGGUGCCUGCCGAAGGCAGAGCAGGAGGCACUCUUUACCCGCCGGAGCACUCCGUCUCCGUCCUCUCCAGACUGUCUAGUGCCACCCCUCCCCCUUCCUACGAGGAGGUGACCGGUCACCCGGAGAGCAGCAGUGGCGAGGAAACCAGCGUCUCCUACAACGACCCACCGCCCAAAUACGAAGAGAUAGUGGGUGUGGUCCCUGCCUUGGGUAAAUAGCGGCGCUAACUCCCUGCGCCUGGAUCCUCCUUUUGGUGUAAUUCUCUCUCUCACUUUUACUAGACGAUGCCAUCACGGAAAAGCCUUACCUUCUUCGCUCACCAAAAAUAACCGUCCCUAACCGGGGGGAGGGAGUGGCACCAGAGUCCAGGCUGGGGUGCAGCGGAGAGCAGCCACCGAUGCAAGAAGGGACAAGCCCUGGAAAUCCCCUCUCUCCUGCAGCCACAAUCCAGCUCACACAGGCUCUGCAUGGAGGGAGACUAGCCCCCGAGAGGCACCCUGGCAGGUUACGUUAGGUUCCUUGGUGCCCAUGAUCACUGGGGUGAAGGGAUCUCGCAGCAGUGGAGUUCCUCUCCCUGUAUCCCAGCAAAGCCCCAUUUCUUUUUGUAGUGGGAAGAGUGGAGCAGGAUGAACAAAACCUUCCCGAGGGGCAAGAGGUGCUUCCUGCCCACCCCAAACAGGCAGCUCUGCCUGUGUGAUGUGGCACUCACAGAGGCGGGGAGGGAUGCUCUGUGGAGUGCCAGGCUGUGAGGAGGGAGAACGGCCCUGCCAUCCCUUUCCCAUAAGUGCCAUAACAGCAGGAGAUGAAUGGCAGAUUGUCGCUGGCCCUGUGGGGGUUCUCGUUGGUGUGUUCAAUCAAAAAAAUAGGUGUAGUGUUGUCCUGUGUUUGAAACAGCCACACUGCUGCCUCGGCACCCACCUCAGCCCCACUGUAUAUGCACACGCUAUCCCUGGCACCCAUGACGCUGAGACGCCCGUAGACAUGGGACCAGCGGUCAGACAGACAGGACCUUUUCAAUGUUUCUUGCAACAUCCAUCAGUGGAGCCAAUGAUGGUUUGUGCCUCAACAAUCCUGUUGUUCGUACAUCUGGAUGAGGUCCUGUUUUUCCCUGCAUCUGGACUGUGGGAUCUUUGUUCUGGGGAUGGUCCUGGCUAUUUCACUGCUCACUUGUUUAGCACUAAUAUUUAAUUUUGCCUUUGGAAGAUUUACUUUUCCUUGGUUUCUUGCCAGGGGUGUGUGUGUGUGUGUGUGUGAAUGUCAAUUACUUGAGAUCCCUGCACAGCUUUGCACAAGGGGUGAAACAAAUCCACUCUCUAGCUCUGUUACCUGGAACAGUGAAAGAUGCAGUUUAUAUCGGCCUCCUCCCUCUUCUCUGCUCAUUCUGCCCAACUGCAUUCUGCAUCGUUGUGAUCUUCUGCAGGAUGCGGCUGCAACCAGGGAGACGUUUUGUGAUCCUGUAUCUUAUUUCCGAAGGGGAAUAUCCCAGGGGCUAGCGCCUGUGUAGCAAAUGUCUCUAGAGGUGGGGACUGGGGUUUGUGUCUCAAUGAUCACUGCUUUUCAUAACAUCUGUUCUAGGGAGCAGUGCUUCUGUAGCAUUGGGGAUGAGGGCAUUGAACUAGGAUUGUCCUCUUGUGUCUCCUGUCUCUGGGUAUGGCUGAAGCAGGCGGGCAGUGGUCUGUUCUUUUGCCUUGCAUGACGCCAAAUCAAAGAUUGGUCCUGGCAGAUUUUUAAGGUUCUUCCCUUUCGUUAAGUUUGGGGACGCCUCUUUUUCCUUGACCCUUCCCCGUUCCCCCUCCCAGACCUCUGCCAGGGCCUCUCCCACAAAUUGGAUGCAGUUAAAGAGGAUGUCUUUCCAUCCCAUUCCCCAUCCCACCAUGCUCCAGCUUCCUCUACCAGUGCAGUCUGAAGAAAGGGAUGCAUUGAACUACAUGCUCACCAGGCUGGAGGCAGAUGCAGUGCAGCAUCCCUGCCAUCCUUCACCCCAGAUGUGCUUCCCCAUGUCCAUUUGUCCUGCCUGCGGCUUUGCUUCUGUGGGACCAUCAGCUCUGCAAGGUGAGGAUGUGAGACUGGUCUCUAAGGCCCCAGCGUGAUCUGUGCUGAGGCUACUGUACAGAAUCUGCCAAGGCAGAGGGGAAUCCCUGGGGCUUUGUGAGGUCAGGGUGAGCUGACUUGGGACCGUAGGGCCUGGUGCACCUGCCAGGGUCAGGCAAGCAUGACUUGCUUCAGUGUCUUGUGCUGCCCCUUGCUGCCUUCUGGGGCUCACACAGCUGGCAGGGCAGAGCUAGAGGAGGCAGGAGGCACAGAUGAGGGAGAGCAGAGGAACGAGGGAAAGGGGAAAGGGGGAUUGUGGGUGAACAUGCUCUUGUGAAGUAAAGUGGGGGAAAGAGGAACUCAGUGCUGUCCAGCCCAUAACUCAGAGAAAGCCCCUAGACACUCAGCCGCUCUGAUUAGCCAACUGAACUGUGCUGCCAUCAACUCAGGUGCUUUGCAAUGUUUCUGUUCAGCAGGAAGUGGUGUGCAGGGAAUUGUUGGGGCUGGUGGACUCUUACCCUCUCCCCCCGCCCAAUGUUUCCAGAGACUGGGACUGGCCAUAUGGGUAGGAGGCAUUUUCUGCAUGGUGCGUGUUUGAUACAAGCCAUUACCAAGCUUCACAAAUGUGACUCUCUGUUGAAGAUCCCAUGUUCACAGCACUGUGCUUUAUAUGCAACCAGGAGGUCAAAUCUCUACUCUUUCCUAUGAUUUCUGGUCACCUGUAACUGUAAAGAGAUCUAUGAAACAUCAGAAGCAUGGAUGCUGCAGAUUGUGGGGCAGAUUGUGGUUAAGGCAUAGGAUGGGGAGCUAGAAGAUCUGGGUUCUGUUCCUGGCCCUGUCACUGAGGCACUGUGUGACCUUGGGACAGUCACUUACCCUGUCUGUGCUUCAGUUUCCAGAGGGACAGUAUCUUGUGGGGGUGU